AAUGAGACGCCUACAGAUACAUACACAUUAUACAUACAUUCUUAUUACACGUCUCUCCAUUACUCUCUCAUCACUUUCCCUUUUGUUGUUCUUUGCUACUGCGUUUAGUCAUUUUAUCUUCCCAACAAAACCCAUCUUUCUCAUCCUCAGAUUCAUGUCGGAGAAGGGUGCCCCAUUGCCUAAGUUUGGUGAAUGGGAUGUGAAUGAUCCUGCUUCAGCUGAGGGAUUUACUGUUAUAUUUAACAAGGCCAGAGAUGAAAAGAAGACUGGUGGAAAGCCUGAAUCUCCCUCAAAAGCAGAUCCUAACACGAAGUAUGCAGUAGAUCCUAUGAAGCCUCAGGCUAAGAAGUGGUUUUGCUGCGUUAAUACCCCACGCGCAGAAUCUUGAUCAGACGGAGAGCUCGUGCAAUAGGAGCUGUAAAGUGGUAAUGGGCACUAGUGGAAUCCAAAUUUGUGUGUCAUAAGAUUUCAUUUGUUGGGGAAAAAAGAUGAUGGAAGAUCGAUAAUACUUUAAAGUAUACUAGUUUUGCGGGUUUCUAAGCUAAGCCCUUGUUUGUCUCUGCCUUGUAAAUUAUCUGGUCACUGCCUGUACUUGUUUUCAGAUAUAACACAUGAAAUUAUGUGAUUUA